GAGUCUUUUUUCUCUUUCUGGGGAGAGAUCUUCUCUCUUAAGCCUUUUUCUUGCCGCUUUCUCUGUCUCUGUCUCUGCUACUUCUUCUAUUCACAGAACGAUUUCCUUCCUUCCUUGGUCUUUUUUGUUAAUUUACGUUACACCAAAAGAGGGGUUCUGCUUUGAUAGUUGGUACUGAGGCAAAGGAUUAGAUUCCUGUUCGUACAAGUCGGGAUUGGAGGGAUUUUUCCCGAUGCUAAAUUUUGGCAGGCCUAGAACUCAGCCAAGGUCCACUAGAUCUAUGUCACUUGGAGGCAUGGAUUACCCAGAUCCGAAAAAGAAGAGCAACUUUGUGGGAAAAAUUCUUUUGGCUGCUGUCUUAACAGCAUUAUGCAUUCUGGUGCUCAAGCAAUCUUCCAGUUUCAAUACUCCCAGCCCGUUCUCCCAUCAUGAACCUGGGGUAAUGCAUGUCCUAGUAACAGGAGGUGCUGGCUAUAUUGGUUCACAUGCUGCCUUUCGUCUUUUGAAGGACUCAUACCGUGUAACUAUAGUGGACAACCUCUCACGGGGAAACCUAGGUGCUGUAAAGGUUCUCCAAAAAUUAUUUCCAGAAGCUGGAAGGCUUCAGUUUAUUUAUGCUGACUUAGGGGAUCCAAAGGCUGUUAAUAAAAUAUUUUCAGAGAAUUCAUUUGAUGCUGUUAUACAUUUUGCAGCCGUUGCAUAUGUCGGGGAAAGCACCCUUGAUCCACUCAAGUAUUAUCAUAACAUUACAUCAAACACCUUGGUUGUGUUAGAGGCCAUGGCUGCACAUGGUGUGAAAAAAUUGAUAUAUUCUAGUACCUGUGCAACAUACGGGGAACCUGAAAAGAUGCCCAUUACCGAAGAAACUUUGCAGGUCCCCAUUAAUCCAUAUGGAAAAGCUAAAAAGAUGGCAGAAGAUAUAAUCCUUGAUUUUUCUAAAAAUUCAGACAUGGCAGUCAUGAUCCUAAGAUACUUCAAUGUGAUUGGGUCAGAUCCAGAGGGCAGACUAGGUGAAGCUCCAAGACCUGAACUACGUGAGCAUGGAAGAAUCUCUGGUGCUUGUUUUGAUGCAGCUCGUAGAAUAAUUCCUGGGCUGCAGGUCAAAGGAAUAGACUAUGAUACACCUGAUGGAACUUGCAUACGGGAUUAUAUUGAUGUCACUGAUCUGGUGGAUGCUCAUGUGAAAGCUCUUGAAAAGGCAAUGCCCAAAAAAGUUGGAAUUUACAAUGUUGGCACUGGAACAGGUAGAUCUGUGAAGGAGUUUGUGGAGGCAUGUAAGAAGGCUACAGGAGUAGAGAUCAAGAUUGAUUACCUACCCCGUCGGCCUGGUGACUAUGCCAAAGUGUACAGCGACCCGUCUAAGAUCGCUCGUGAACUGAAGUGGGUAGCACGACACACCAAUCUUACAGAGAGUUUGAGAAUCGCAUGGAGAUGGCAAAAAUCUCAUCGUGAUGGAUAUGAAACCCUUUAGGCAGUGUCUCACUGAAAGGAUCACAGAUUCACAGCAUUCCAUAGCAGAAGAUUAAUGGUAAUGACCCCAUGAAUUGCUGAUUUCGGCUGCUGCGUUCUAUUGCUCUCUUAGAACGGGGGUUCAUCAAAAUUAAGAUAAUUUUUUUUUCCUGGUCAGAGUAUGUCAUGAUGGGGGGUAGUAGUAGGAUGCCGCCGCUCAUUCAUUACAUGUAUUAGAACAGAGAAAAAUAGUUCAAUAAUGAUUAUUACUGCGCCCCUGAUGGUGUAGUCAUGUAACGACUACAGCGCCCUCUUCACUAUCUUGACAAGCUCCUGUCAAUAAUAGUAGCGUCUCUUUCCCAGCUCA